AUGCCCACCUACAAGAACCCAAUCAUCCCUGGAUACAACCCCGACCCCUCAUGCUGCAAAGUAGGGGAUACGUUCUACCUCGUCUGCUCAUCCUUUCUCGCCUUCCCUGCCAUCCCCAUCUACGCGUCGCACGACCUCGUCAGCUGGAAACAGAUCGGCAACGUCGUUACGCGCGAUAGUCAGCUGGACCUCACCUCCCAGAGCGUGAACAAUAACGGGGAGAGCUCCGGCGUCUGGGCUCCAACGAUAAGGCACCAUAAUGGACUGUUCUACGUUGUUACCACACGGGUGGAUAUGAGCAAGCCAUGGGAGGACGAGUCGCGCUACCAGAACCUCAUCUGGACGUGUAAAGAUCCGUUCAACGAGGAGUGGUCCGAUGCGGUCGAGUUCGUCUUCCCUGGAUUUGAUACAAGCUUAUUCUGGGACGACGAUGGCAAGUGCUACGCACAGGGGAGUGAGUCCGGGAAGAGUUUCUCCCUCCGCCAAAUCACCCAAUACGAGAUCGACGUCAAGACCGGCAAACCGCUGAGCGACAAACGCCAACUCUGGACGGGCGAAGGCGGUAUCUUCCCCGAAGCGCCGCACAUCUUCAAGCGGGGUGAUUGGUACUACCUACUCACUGCCGAAGGUGGGACCUACAUGGACCAUAGCGCGAUGCUUGCGCGCGCUCCUACAGUCUGGGGGCCGUACGAACGCUGCCCGUCGAACCCCGUCCUCCGCCCACCGGCGAAGGAGGAGCUCAUCCAGACUGUAGGCCAUGCCGACUUCUUCGAGUCCUCUCCCGGUACCUGGUGGGCCAUCGCCCUCGCAACGAGGAUCAUCGGCCCCAACUCGCCCAUGGGGAGGGAGACGGUCCUGAUCCCGGGGACCUGGACUGGUGACUGGCCAGUGUGGGACCUCCCCGUCAAGAGCGUGAUGGACACCCCGAACCUUCCACCGACGCAGCCCCUCGCACGUGAGGGAGCGUUCAUCGCCCCCUCGCUCAACGAAUUCGGCAAACCAGGAAAGUUCGCCCCGCACUGGCUCUUCCUCCGCAACCCCGUGUAUAAGAACUACGAUAUCCUCUCCCCCUCCGAGCUCGUGCUCACCGGCACAGCUGAAACACUCUCGAGCCAUGUGAAGGAUACGACGUUCGUUGCUCGCCGGCAACAAGACCUCAAGUUCACCGCUUCUGUCACGCUGGCCUUCACCCCUCAAGGGAAGGAGGAAGCGGGCAUUACAGUCUUCCUCGACCCUAUUAGGCACUAUGAAGUGUUCGUCGAAUACCAGGGCAUCGGGUGUCGCACAACCGUCAUGGGCGCUGUAGGGCUCCAAAGCGGGGUAGCCAAUUUCCUCAAGCGGGACAAGCCGCAAGUCGAGGAAUUUGACGCUAUCGCACCCAUCCCUGACGGGGAAGUGACGUUCAAGGUCCUGGGGGAAGAGGACAAGUUCAGGUUCUUCGUUGUCCAAGGGGGGGAGGAGAUCGAGGUCGCGGAUGGGCCGGCGAGCGAGGUCUCGGGCGGCUUCUGUGGUACGCUUGUGGGAGUGUACGCGACGGGCAAUGGUGACCCUUCGACGCCGCCGGCUAAGUUUACGAAUUUCAAGUAUGAACCAAUUGCUUGA